AUGCUGUGGCGGGCCGCCGCCCGGCUGUUGGAAGUCCUCGUCACCCCCCGUCGCCUUCCCCCGCCCUUCGCAGCACGUCGGAGUUGUGCGGGUUGCGCCAUGGAAACGCCUAAAACAGCCGAUCCGGGCUCCGACGUGACUAACGCCGAAGCUGUCGAGAAGCAGGAGGAGCCGCCUCUCGUCGGGUUGCUGGCGGGAGAGACGGUGGUGAAGGAGGGCAAGGCGGCCAUUUUGUUUCCCAGUGCCAAUGAGGUGUUUUACAACCCGGUCCAGGAAUUCAAUCGAGACUUAACAUGCGCGGUGCUGACCGAGUUCUCCAGAGAAGUGCUGGCUCAGCGGGGCCUUCAGAUUGCGGUUCCUGGCGAGAAAGAGCCAGCGGUGGCGUCUCUGCCCGACGAACCUGCCGAGGCACGGGACGGGAAGACCGACGUGGAGGGGGCCGCUGUCGUCACGGCGACGGCAGGGCAGAUUUGUGAGCGCGGUCUUCGCGUCCUGGAGGCUUUAGCCGCGUCGGGUCUGCGCUCGGUGCGCUUUGCGCUGGAAGUGCCGGGCCUUCGGAGCGUCACCGCCAACGAUUUCUCCCGCAAAGCCGCCGCCCUGGUCGCCAGGAACGCCGAGUACAAUGGCGUGGGCCAGCUCGUCCGGGCUAGCUGCAAGGACGCCAGCAUGCUUAUGUACGAGAUGCGAGGGAAGAACGAUCGCUACGACGUCAUCGAUCUGGAUCCCUACGGCAGCCCCGCCUCGUUCCUGGACGCCGCGGUGCAGUCCGUCGGCGACGGAGGCCUCUUGUGCGUCACGUGCACCGACAUGGCCGUGUUGGCGGGGAACAGCAACGAGACGUGCUACAGCAAAUACGGCUCCGUUUCCAUCAAAGCCAAGUCCUGUCAUGAGCUGGCUCUGCGCAUCAUCCUGCACAGUUUGGACCAGCGGGCCAACGUGUACCAGCGCUACAUUCGACCGCUGCUGUCAGUCAGCGCCGACUUCUACAUCCGGGUGUUUGUGCGCGUCUUCACGGGUCAAGCCACCGUCAAGAACUCAGCCAGCAAGCAGGCUCUGAUCUACAACUGCGUCGGCUGCGGCGCGUUCCACUUGCAGAGGAUGGGCAGGAGGACGGACAACGGCAAACAUACCAAAUACUCGACGGCCACCGGGCCACCCGUGGGACCGACGUGCGAGCACUGCGGACAGAGGCAUCAGCUGGGCGGUCCGAUCUGGGCGGAAGCCAUCCACGACCGGGCCUUCGUCCAGAAGGUUCUGAGCGCGGUUAGCGGCAACCCGGCUCGCUUUGCCACGUCCAAGCGCAUGGAGGGGAUGCUGAGCAUGGUGACCGAGGAGCUGGAGGACACGCCCCUUUACUACACGGUUGACGGGCUGAGCAGCACCAUCCACUGCAAUACGCCGCCAUUGCUGCAGUUCCGGUCGGCUCUGCUGCACGCCGGUCACAGAGUUUCCCUCUCGCACGCCUGCAAAAACGCCAUCAAGACGGACGCGCCGCCCGCCGUCAUCUGGGACAUCAUGCGCUGCUGGGAGAAGAGCAACCCGGUAAAACGUGAGAAACUCUCCGAAAUGACGCCCGCCUUUAAGAUCUUGUCUGCCGAGCCCAGCUUCGACGCUUGUUUCACCGUGCGGGACGACGCCAACCCUCAGUCCCGUCAGCGCCACUUGACCCGUUUCCAGGAGAACCCGCAAGCCUUCUGGGGACCCAAAGCCAGAGCAAAAGCAAGCGGCGGCAUCUGCGACGACCUGCAGCUGAAGCGCAUGAAGAACCAAAACAAGCGCAAGGGCCAUAUGACGGAGCAGCUCAAGAGCCUCCCGUGCAAAAAAUUCAAACAGGGCACGUGCACCUACGGGGACAAAUGCUCAUACUCCCACGACUGCGCCACGGACGACAAAAUGGAAUAAAUGAAGACGAUUUUUGGUUUUACUUAUUUUACUAAGUUUCACAAUCAAUCUUUUUUUUUGUUUUUGUUGGUGAGGGGCUUUGACUGUUGUAACGGUCCAAUAAAGCGCAACACGUACGGAAAUGA